AAGCUGAAAGAUUGCCCAACAAGCAAAAAUCCAAUCAGCCAUCCAUCAUGCGUGGGAAAGGAGCUUCCCAAUCGGCACAGGAAAGCGGGAUCUCCAAGCUGGUACAGACUUGGUUCCAUGUGAAGGACAAGCAACGGGCCCACGUAGCGGCCGCCAAGGUGGACGUCCAAGAACCACGAGGGCGUCGUUCACGGAAUGGAGAGGAAGAUGAUGACGGCCAUGGAGGGAUUGCUAAGCCCCAGUCUGGCGAUGGCAACAAGCAGAAGCAGCAGCAACAGCAGCAGCAGCAGCAGCAGCAGCAGCAGCAGGGGACAGCUGCCUCCAACUCGUAUCAGAAGAAGGACGUCUCUGCCAAAGUGGCGGCGUUGGAGGCAGAAAUCUCUAAGUUCCAGAAGCAGAAUGAACUGUUGGAACGACUGUACAAGCAAAACCAGGAAGAAGCUGGUCGGCUCUCUGCGGAGCGUGUAGCUUGGGAGGCGCACAAGGUCGAGGAAGCCCGUUCUUGGGAGGAAAGACGAGCGGAGGAAAUGCGCAAGCUCCGGCGCAGCCAGCGGGUGGUGGAAAAUCAAGCAAGAGCUCUCCUCCGCCUUCCUAGCAAGAAGGAACGGGCGAUAGCCCAGGAGGCCAAGGGGGAGCUGGCGCGAGCUCAGAGCGAGCACAAGAAGAGAGAGCUUCGCUGGCGUCUGGGCGAGGAUAGGAUGAGGAGGCGCAUUCAGUCGUUAACGGAUCGGAUUAAGGAACUGGAGGACGAGCUGUGCCGGCAGGAGGAGAGGUGGGUGGUAAUGCACAGGGAGGGGAGGGAGAAGGUGAAGGAGAAAGGCGAGGCUGGAGAGAAAGGGAGGAGAGGGACGGUAGGUGGUGGCAAUUGGGAGAACUCUCAGAGGAACGAGAAGGAGAAAACGUCGAGAGAGAAUGUGAUGACAGUGAUGGCCAAGGGUAUGGUGGAGGAGCAAGCGAUGGAGAGAGAAGGCAGCGGCAGCAGAGGUCGUGAACACAAUGCCAGGGGACAAGAGGAAGAAGACGACGCCGGGAAGCGGAGAACUGCAGGUAUGGCGGUGACAGUCGGUGAUGAUGUGCGGCCAUUGCUCGAUACCUUGCUUGGUAUGAAGUCGAAGUCCUCCUCAAAGAAGCCCUCGAUGGCCGGUAAUGGUGCCAUGGCUAUGAACUCCCUCUUUCGUCCGAUUGCACCUAUGACACGUACGAAUGGAAGAUCGGAGGAGAGAGAGAGAGUAGCAGGGGGAGGACAGGGACGACGAAGGCCAGGGGGAGCACCUCCUGAGCUUAGUAAUCAUGGCUUCCUGGCGGAAGAACCAACGACUGGCUGUAGGGGGGAGACGGAGGGGUGGAAGCAAGCUGCCGCAGGGAGGCUGCACUCACCGGCGAGCUCGAUGAAGGCCGGAGGACGUGAACUGUUGGGUGAAAUGGAAGGCAAGACGGCGCAGCGAGAGUGGCGUAAUCCCCGUCUAGGGGACAAUGACGACGAAAGCACGGCUUUAUUCACCGAAGAAUUGGGGAUGGUGAGAGUUGGAUAUGGCAGCCUUUCUUCUUCUUCAUCUUCUGCAGCUGCUGGUUCCGACCGCAUGUUCCCAGGAGGGAAAGAGGUAUCCUCGUCGAGAGCAGCAGUAGCGGCAGAAUCAAGAGGAGGAGGAGGAGGAGGAGGAGGAGGAGGAAGAACAAGAGUGGGAGAACGAGGAAGUGACUUGUUAAUACACCCUCGAUUGGAGGGAGAGAGGAGAGGGACGACAACGAGGACUCACGGUCGAGGCGUCGGGGACAGGAUGGCGUCUUCAAAUCCGACUCUGAGUAACGAAGAACCAAGUGUCAAGCUGACGUCAUUACCACUGUGGGCGAAGGAAGACGGCCACAAACCUAAGCCCAUGUCCAAGAUCGAGUCAAAGUCAAAGUCAAAGUCAAAGUCAAAAUUGGGAUCUGAAGUCGGGGACGAGGAGGACUACCAUGCUGCUGACGGGAAUGGUGGAGACCCUCUGGCGAAGAGAGAGGAAAGGACUCAAAGGAGUUACUUGAACGCAGUACACAGGCAGCAGGGGGAGGAUGCCAAUGGGAGAGACAUGCCAAUCUGUUGCAGGAAGGAUCGUCGGGGCAGCAGCUGUACUAACCGCAUUCUUGCUGUUCAUCGGGACACUUGGGCAGGGACGAAGAGGGAGGAGAGCGGUGAUGAAAGAGUUGGGAUCUCGGCCAAUGGCUGCUGUCGCGGCCAGUCUGGUCGAGGUCAGGGAGACGGUGAGGAGGGCAAAAACGGUGCUGAAGAGGGAAGGAGAUGGCAAAAUGGUUCGGGAAGGCUUUGUGAUGUGCCACGUCAGAUUCUUGAUGAUGAGCAUGAGGUUGAAGAGUGUGUGAUGAAUCUGAAGGAUGACUGGGAUAAUGACGACGAUGAAGAUGAUGAUGAUGAUGAUGAGGAGGAGGAGGAGGAGGAGGAGGAGGAGGAAGAAGAGGAGGAGGAUGACUACACGAACGGGCAUGAGAACUCCGUCUCUAGGGAUGGUGCUGUUGGGUGUGCUGAUGAUGAUAAGGAUCGAGAUGACCACCAUAGCUGCUGCGUUGAUGCAAACGAUAGCUUUCCUGCCAGUUCACGUGGCGGAUUCCCGGCCAUUGACCCCGCACGUUCAUCAGCGGCGGCUCGUCGUCGAGCAUUUGUCCUUGUCACGGAGGCCAGCAUUGCAAAAAGACACCAUAAUCAUCAUCAUGAUUCGCAAGAGCAGCAGCAGCAGCAGCAGCAGAAACAGCAGCUGCGGCAGAAUCAAGAUAAUCAUCAGCAUCAUCGGCCAAUGCACGUAGCCAACAACAGCCGAACAGUAGGUACGGCUGUGGCGUCCCACGACGAUGACGAUCGUCGGCACAAGGAUGAAGAUAAUCAGCAGCAUCGUCACUAUGAUCAUCGGACAAUACACGCAGCCAGCAGCAGCAGAGCAGUUGGUUCGGCUAUGGCGUCUCACGAUGAAGAUCGUCUGCACAGUAUCGGCGGCGGCGAUGGCAGUACUGCAAGGACAGCAGCCGCCAUAUCCGCGCGCGAAGACGAGCGCAGCGGGGCAAACGCGCAGCACGGGGGACUCUACUCCGCGGAGUUGACGGUUCGGGGCAUAGGACUUGCUAAUGGCGGGGGAAACUCGGGGGGGAGUGACAGCUCAAUUUGUCGCAUGCGCGAGCACCACGUGGAGGAGACUAGGGACAAGGAAGUGCAGCGGCAGCGGCAGAAGCAGCAGCAGCAGCAGCAAGAGGAGGAGGAGGAGGUGGAGGAGGGGGAGGGGGGAAAUGAGGAAAAGUAUAAUGAGAAUUGCGGAGGUGACAGGGACCAUCGGUUCUCUAUGUUGCCUAGGAAUGGUGGUAGGUCGUUGCUCCAAGUGGAUGAUGACACGAACAAAACUGCAGCAGCUCCCGUUCGGUCCAAGGCCGUAUCCUUCGAUCCUUGCCGGUCGAAUUCUGCAUCGCCGUUGCCUUGGAUUACUGGACAUGAACGCCAGGAUAUGGACGUGAUUGCCUCUAGCUAUCUGAAGACUACGGAGAAGCAGCUUGCUGUAAAGAGUGUCGUCUUCCCGAAUGGGUCAAGAAAAGAAUUUUAUGCCGAUGGAAGCUCUUGCAUUCGGUUUACCAACGGAGACGUAAAGAACAGCUACCGGGAUGGCCGCAUGGAGUACUUCUAUUCUUCGAUGGAUACGUGGCAUGUUACAUUUCCAGAUGGGACCGAAGAAUUCCAUCUCCCAAAUGGACAGAUAGAGAAACACUGGCCGGACGGACGAAGGGAGAUCCUGCUCGAAGCCGACUGUACUGGUUCUCGCCGUUUUGCAGCUGACGAGUCCGAAAUAGAUGACUUGGAGGAGGAAGAAGAGGAGGAGGAAGAAGAGGAAGAAGACGAGGAGGAAGAAGUGGAAGAGGAGGAAGAGGAGGAAGAAGAGGAAGAAGAGGAAGCGGGAGAAGAAGAUGGGGUCCAAUGAUCCGCUAGGUAUUCUGUCCUCAUGUUCUACUUAAGAGGAGCAAAGAAGAGGAAGAAGAGGAAGAAGAGGAAGCGGGAGAAGAAGAUGGGGUCCAAUGAUCUGCUUAACGAGGUGAUAAGAGCAUUCUCCUUAAGC